UCAAAUGGGAGAGGGGAGAUGUGGGAAGAGGGCCAAAGGAGACCCCGGGAGAGACAAGACCUUUGGUUUGGACAGACAAAAUGAAGACACCUGGAAACCCAGGGAGGGAAAGCAGCUGGUAGUCCCGACUAGACUGGUUUUCUAUUCCCAACUUGACCACUGAGCUGGCUUCCUCCUUAAAUCUGCCGAUUUGCUUUCCUAGUCAGCCUCUCCUUGGUGGUGGUGUGACCCCCAGUUUUCAAACCUCAUCCACCCCCGGAAGAACCUUCAUGGUGUUAAGAAUACUACAGUCCCAGACAUAGAUGAUUCUAUUAACAUAGAUGAAAAUGAAGAAGAAGAUGUAGUGGAUUUGGCAGCUAAUUCACUCUUAAACAAGUUAAUCCGUCAGUCCUUGGUAGAAUCCAGUCACCGAGUUGAAGUCUUACAAAAGGAUCCUAGCUCUCCACUCUACUCAGUAAAAACGUUUGAAGAGCUGAGACUAAAGGAAGAGUUACUGAAAGGGAUCUAUGCAAUGGGAUUUAACAGACCAUCCAAAAUCCAAGAGAUGGCUCUCCCCAUGAUGCUCGCACAUCCACCCCAGAACCUCAUAGCACAGAGCCAGUCUGGAACAGGAAAAACAGCUGCCUUUGUCUUGGCAAUGCUAAGUAGAGUUAAUGCCUCUGAACUAUUCCCACAGUGCCUCUGCCUGGCUCCUACUUACGAACUGGCUCUGCAGACUGGUCGUGUGGUUGAGCAGAUGGGAAAAUUCUGUGUGGAUGUUCAAGUGAUGUAUGCCAUUCGAGGGAAUCGAAUUCCCAGAGGCACUGAGGUCACCAAACAGAUUGUAAUUGGUACUCCUGGCACUGUCUUAGAUUGGUGUUUCAAGCGAAAACUGAUUGAUUUGACUAAGAUUCGUGUGUUUGUCCUGGAUGAAGCAGAUGUGAUGAUUGAUACCCAAGGAUUCUCAGAUCAGAGUAUUCGUAUUCAAAGAGCUCUACCCUCCGAAUGUCAGAUGCUCCUCUUUUCAGCAACCUUUGAGGACUCAGUGUGGCAGUUUGCUGAACGAAUCAUUCCUGACCCUAAUGUCAUCAAGUUGCGUAAAGAGGAGCUGACGCUGAACAACAUCCGACAGUAUUAUGUGUUAUGUGGGAACAGGAAGGACAAGUACCAGGCUCUGUGCAACAUUUAUGGUGGCAUCACCAUUGGCCAGGCCAUCAUCUUCUGUCAGACUCGUCGAAAUGCCAAGUGGCUGACGGUGGAGAUGAUGCAGGAUGGCCACCAGGUGUCCUUAUUAAGCGGAGAGCUGACUGUGGAGCAGCGGGCUUCCAUCAUCCAGAGGUUUCGAGAUGGGAAAGAGAAGGUUCUUAUAACAACCAAUGUGUGCGCUCGAGGGAUUGAUGUGAAGCAGGUCACAAUCGUUGUGAACUUUGAUCUCCCUGUGAACCAACUAGAGGAGCCAGACUAUGAGACGUACCUCCACCGCAUAGGGCGGACGGGCCGCUUUGGGAAAAAAGGCCUCGCCUUCAACAUGAUUGAAGUGGAUAAGCUGCCCCUGCUGAUGAAGAUCCAGGACCACUUCAACAGAAAUAUUAAGCAGCUUGACCCUGAAGACAUGGAUGAGAUUGAAAAGAUUGAAUAUUGAAGAAAGAACUUUAUUAUCUGUGAAUUUCCUAGUUUAUGUGAGAAUGUCCCAGUGGGUUUUGAAGGUAAUUUUUUUUCGUGAUGAGGCGGUUUCAACAUGGAGCUAUCAGAGAUGGCAUGGCGUGGUGCCCUUGGGUUAGAGACCUGAGGUCUUCCUGAAAGCAAAUUGACGUGGAGCACGUGGUCCUUUUGAAUAAAAAAAAAAACCAAGGCAUUUCUUAUUCUAAUCUCUUCACAGGUAAAUGUCUCUUUGUGGAUGAUUUGGGAUUUAUAUUUAUUUACCUUAUGUAAUCUGAGCAGAUGCUGUCUCUGUGAGCCUAGGACAAUGCCACCAGAUGGCAGUAGAACUUCACUGGUUUGGGAAUUUGAGCUCCAGGUCUCCCAGACUGCCCUUUCUUGCCUUUGGUGUCUUUCCUCCCUCACCACUUCACCCUCUUCUGUUUGCGCUCACACACCUUCUUAGGUAAAAGCACAGGUAAAAUCGUUAAAAGUGUGAAACCAUUUGGAAGAGCUUUUUUCUUUUUUAAUGCUUCACAUGACAUACAGAAUUCAGAAUAUUUUCCUGUUCUGCUUCUCACUGUCUUCAAAUUAGAGGAGAUUUACUCCAUCAUCAGUUAUUUCAGAAUCUCUGGAAAAUGUGGUUUUAUUAUAGGCUUUUCUUAAAAGCAGGUAAUGAAGGUAAAAGAAUAAAAAUGUUCACCUUAUUGAAAAGGUAGCAUUUCUGGCCGGCGCCGCGGCUCACUAGGCUAAUCCUCUGCCUUGCGGCGCCGGCACACUGGGUUCUAGUCCCGGUCGGGGCACCAGAUUCUGUCCCGGUUGCCCCUCUUCCAGGCCAGCUCUCUGCUGUGGCCAGGGAAGGCAGUGGAGGAUGGUCCAGGUGCUUGGGCCCUGCACCCCAUGGGAGACCAGGAGAAGCACCUGGCUCCUGCCUUCAGAACCGCGUGGUGCGCCGGCCGGUGCUGCGGCCAUUGGAAGGUGAACCAACGGCAAAGGAAGACCUUUCUCUCUGCCUCUCUCUCACUGUCCACUCUGCCUGUCAAAAAAAAAAAAAAAAAAAAAGAAAGAAA